AUGAGUUUGUAAUAGAUUCAACAACACAUAAAUCAAAUAAAAACCAGCUAUCAAAUACCAAACAAGGAGUUUCAAAAUGCAUUCAAACAUUUUGAGAGUUGUGUUCCUUUUCUUAAAUCAGAGAAUCAGGAAUAAUUGAAUCAAGUUUAUAGAGCCUUGAAGAGAUUUCGAAGAAGGCUGGAAAAUGAGUUGAAACUCAAUUAAACCGACUAUCAUGCAUUCGUAAAAAAAUGGAAAUCCUUGAACAUAACAUUUGUUCCACUGGUUUAUGAUGUGAAAUUGGAUUUCAGUAAAAAGAUAGCAACUCUAAGUAAUCACAUAUAGUUUAUGAAGAAUACGAGGAUUUAAUCAAUGUUAAUUUUAAUCAUCACCAUUAUACAAGCAGAGAGAUGUUAAAGGCUUCGAUGAUGAUAUUCUAACAUUUAGAAGUAAUAUAAGUUAAUUUUAUUGUAAGGUUGAGCAAUAUGCAAAUUACAAUAAUUUAGAGAAUCUAUUGACACAAAUCAAUCUAAAUUACAAUAUCGUUUCUUAUCAUAAUUUUACUCAUGCAUUUGCAUUAUUCCAAGUAACAAUUGAGUUUUAACUAAGUUAUUAUUUUGUGUGUACGAGAAAUCUGAUCUUAAACUAUUUGUAUCUAAGUAAGACAUAUUUGCAGCUUUGCUGGCGAGCUUAAGUCAUGAUCUAAAUCACAGUAAAAAAUGAAUAAAUAAUUUUAAAGAGGGAGUGAAUAAUUUGUUCAAAGUUAAGAAAUCCAAAAAGUUAAAUAAAAAUAUAUGUGAGCAAGCAGUCCUUGAGAGCAUGCAUGUUUCCACACUAUUCAAUAUUCUGGCUCAGAAUCAGCAGCUAAAUUUUUUACAUUAUUUGCCAAAUACAUAAUAACAAGAGUUUAAGAGAAUUUUGGUGAGCUCUAUUUUAGCCACAGAUAUGGGAUAACAUUUCAAUAUCUUCAGUUGUUUCAAAGAUAGAGUCAAUGCAACUAUUGAUUUGAGAGAAAAUCAAAACAUAACUGACCCUCUGAUUAGAUACAGAGGAUUUAACAAAGACAACUUUGAUGACAGGAAAGUAAUAUACUAUAUUUGAUGACUUUAGUUCAUUUUAAAUGUGUUGGUUCACGCUUGUGAUAUUUCAAAUCCAUGCUUGGAGUGGGAUGCGUAUAUGAAAUGGUCCUUUUUGUUAGCCCAGGAAUUUUAAGAUUAAGUACAUAAUAUAUUAAAGUAGACUCUAAAAGAGGCAGCAAAAGGCUUGGAAGUGACAGCGAUGUUGCAAUAUAAGGAUAAACUCACGUUCUUUAAUGGCUAAACAUUUUUCUUAAGUAUUUUUGGAUGUUUAAUUGUUAGAUACAUUUGUAUUGCCUUAAUGGUAGACAAUUGCAGCACUGUAUCCAAGUCUAAUUGAUUUGCCUAAUGAAGUCAAGAGGAAUCUGGAAAUUUUGGAAGAAGAGAAAAAGAAGUUAGCCAAUUGA